AUGUUUUGGGGUGUCUUCCUAUGGGCUGCUUCCCUCCCACUUCUGAUGUUGGGGACAGGGACCUUCACUGUGGGGGUACUGGGUCCCUGAGACUGUGACCUCACCUUUGCCCAUGCCCUCCCUCAUGUGACUGCCCAGUUGGCUGUGGAUAGAGCCAAGCAGGGCUCCUCCUUGUCACUGGGCUCACAGCUAGCUUCUGUGGUCCUUCCCACAGACUGCAACACCUCCCAUGCCCUGGCCACAUUCUUUGCCCACAAGAACACUGUGGCUGCUUUUGUGGGCCCUGCCAAUCCUGGUUACUGCCCAGCAGCAUCCCUGCUGGUGGGAAGCAGGGGCAAGACACUCUUCUCCGGGGCAUGUGAGGUUCCUGAGGGUGGAGGUGAAGUGGUACCAACCUUGCCUUCUGCUGCCCAAGUGCUGCUGUCUGUCAUGAAACACUUUGGCUGGGCUCUCGCAGCUAUUAUGUCCCUCCACCAGGACAUCUGGGUGGCCACAGCCUAGCAGCUGGUCACAACUUUCAGGUCACUGGAACUACCUGUGGGGCUGGUGACCUUUCUGGUACCUGGGAAUAAGGGGACCCAGGAGAUAAAGCAGCUCUACAGCAUGGAUGGCCUGAAGAAUGAGGGCUUCCUCCGCAUCAGACUCUGGGCGGAGCACUCGGCAACUGCCAGUCCAGAGCUGUUCUGGCUAAGUCUCCACUCACUAGCUCAGAGGAGUUGUGUGUCCCCACUCUUUGGAACCAUCUAUGAUGUUAUAGUCCUGUUGGCCCAUGCCCUAAACUGCUCUGAAAGCCAGGGGGCAGGCCUCCCAGGAAUGCACUUAGGGGACAAUACAGGAGCUCUAGAUGUGAAGGGCUUUAGCCAGAGGAGCCAGACCAAUAAGAAGGACUGGAGGCUGGGCCAGCAUGUUGUCCUGGACUCGGAUGGUCAAGGAAGCCACCUGGCCCCCACCCACGUUCCGGACACAACAUCAUGGCAAGUGCAGCCCCUGGGCAAGACCAUACACUUUCCAGGAGGCCCUCCAGCCCACAACUCCAGCUGAUGAUUUGACCUCAAUACACUAUGUAUGAGAAGAACUCAGCCCCUGAGCAGCCGCCUGGCUCUGGCACUGACUUGUGUCCUGGCACUGGCUGGAGGGACCCUUACCGUCCUCAUCAGACUGGACAUCCAGCAGCUGCAGCUGGUGUGGGACACCCACUGGAUCCUGCUGCCAGCCCAAGACCUCACCUUCCCCCACAGGCCCCCAAGCUGUAGGCUGCUGAAUGUGGACAAUGCAAGUGAAUCCAGAACUAUGGUUGAUGGCGGGAGCCUGAGGUCAGGGGCCCAGGGGUCAGCAAUGAGCCUGCCAGCACCCCAGGCCACCAACAUGGCCUUGUACCAGGGAGACUGGAUUUGGCUGAAGAAAUUUGAAGUGGGCACAACUCCUGAGCUGCGCCUUUGUUGCCUCAACCUCCUGAGAAAUAUGAGAGAGAUGCAUCACGAGAAUGUCGCCACCUGCCUGGGCUUUUUCGUAGCUCCAGGGAUCAGUGCUCUGGUGCUGGAGUACUGCACCUGGGGCAGCCUCGAGGACCUGCUACAAAACGAAGCCCUGUGGCUAGACUGGGCCCUCAAGGCCUCCCUACUUCUGGACUUGAUCCAGGGCAUGCGGUGUCUGCACCAUCGCCACUUCCCACAUGGCCAUCUCAAGUCCUGGAACUGUGUAGUGGAUGGCUGCUUUGUGCUUAAGGUCACCAACUAUGGCUGUGCUGAUCUCCUGCAUGUGCAGUGCUGGCCUGGACCCCAGGCAGCCCCAGAAGAGCUGCUGUGGACAGCUCCUGGACUGCUGUGGGAGCUCUGGGACACCAAGCAGGGCACCCGCAAAGUGGACAUCUUCAGCAUGAGCAUCAUCUUCCAGGAGGUGCUGAUCCAAAGCCACUCCUCCUCGGGGCUCUCAGCAGAAGAAAUCAUCCAGAAGGUGGCAUCUAUCCCUUUUCUGUGCCUGCCACUGGUGUCCCCUGACCACGGGCCACACGUGUGCAUCUAGCUGAUGAAGCAAUGCUGGGGAGACAGACUAAGCCUGGACCAGAUCUACACCCAGUUCAAAAACAUCAAUCAAGGCAAGAAGACCAGUGUUGCUGACUGUGCACUGCGGAUGCUGGAGACAUACUCCCAGAGCCUGGAGGCCCUGGUCCAGGAGAGGACAGAAGAGCUGGAGCUGGAAAGGCAGAAGACAGAGAGGGUGCUCUUGCAGAUGCUCCCCGAGAGGCCUCUGGGACUCCAGUGCACUGUUGAGACCAUUGGAGAUGCCUACACGGUGGCCUCAGGGCUGCCCCAGCACAGCGGGAGCCAGCACGCACCUGAGAUUGCCAAUGUGACCCUGGACAUCCUCAGUUCUGUGGGUGACUUCCAGAUGAGGCACACACCCCAUGCAUCAAUUUAUAUCAGGGUUGGGCUGCACUCAGGGCCCUGCAUGGCGGGGGUCGUGUGUAUCACCAUGCCUUGGUCCUGCCUCUUUGGGGACACCAACACUGAUUGGCAUCUGGAGUCCACAGGGUUGCCCAACAGGAUCCACAUCAGCCAGAGCAAUGUCCAAGCCCUGCUCAGCCUUGAUGAAGGCCUCAAAGUUGAUGUCAGAGGUCGCACAGAGCUGAAGGGAAAGGGUGUGGAGGAGACCUACUGGCUGGCCAGAAAAGCAGGCUUCCCCAGGCUGUUGCCCGCAACCCUGUGCAUCAGACCUGGAGACCCCUGGCAGGACCUCAUAAAUCAAGAAAUCAAGGCAGCAUUCACCAAAGCUCUCCAGGGCUCAAGUGAGCCCUGGCCUGGCACUGAGGAGCAGAGGCAGGGAUGGGCCUGGCACCAGCCUGAGGCUCCCCUGCCACCCCCACCCCCACCCCCACCCAUCCCCCCUGUCCCCCUUCCUACAGGAGACUCUCGCUGA